CUUAUUACCAUAUUUGGCGCUGUGCCGUUUCUGAUUGGCUGGUAUGCUGAUUAAGGGCGGCUCUGGCCACGCCUGCCUCGACUGGAGUGAGACGAGAGCGCGCGGCGAGCACACACUGUCAGUCAAGCGUCUCCAGAGCAACAGAUCACCAGUUCAUUAUUGUAUUGUGUACGGAAAGUCCAUCGACUGCAGCCUGUGAAAAACAUGAACCUGAGCCCGUCUGAACAAAGCAUGCACAAGCCGAGCGACGGCUGCAUGGAAGGCAGCAAAGCCGAGCACCUGCUCCCCUGCUUUCGCAGAAGCACGUACGACGAGCCUCUCGCUUCCUACCACAACGGCUCCAUCAUAUCGCACCUUCUGCGUAAAACUAUUCACAAUAAACUGACCUCUCUCGACAACAGCCUCCUUUACCUGCCCUCCGCAAACGCCAGCGGGGUCGAUCCGGAGUCCAACAGGAGCGACGAUUUCGCUCAAGAGGAGCAGAGCAGCCUGUCCUUCAAAGACGAGGAUCUGUCUUCGAGCGCCGAGCGCAGCGAGCACCUCCAAGCCAAACGCGCCCGGGUGGAGAACAUCAUACGAGGCAUGGCGGGUUCACCCAACGCCAGGUCGCACGGAGAGGCGGAAAGCGAGUGCGAAGCCGUUCGCUGUAGAAGAGAGCUUCUGAAGGAGAACAAACGCAAGCAGAGGCUCCCCCAACACCAGGAACCCAGUCAGUCCAACGCAAAGACCAGCAAAGACGAGGAGUGUCACAAACUCAAGGAGCAGCUCCAAAGCAUGCAGCGUCUGCUGCAUCAGCUCCAGGAGAAGAUCUCCCAUGUGUACGACCAGAAUUACUCAGAGAACGAGGAACGGGAAGAUACGAGGUCAGAGCGUGACGUGCAACCUACUUUGAGGCUGGACGGAGGCGCGAGCCACCACGGCACCCACAAAGACCAAGUUAAAGUCGAAUGCGGUGGAUUCAGCUCUGACAGGGUAGUGAAGAACCUUCAGGAGACUCUUAAAUGCGAGCUGACCAGGACUGUGAGUGAAAGCGUCGAUAUGGUCUUUAAGAAACUCUCCAUGCCCCUACUAAAUCAGUCGUCCCAGCCACAUCCGUGCCACAGCCCGGAAUACUCGGAAACCGAAAAGCGAUUCCCAGAAGAUUCCCCCUCGGAGCUGUCGGACUCUGAUGAUAACAUCAAAAGCAGGUCUGCGGAGCACUUUGAGAGCGACAGCCCGGAGCACCAGACCGAAGCCUUGUCCCUGGUGGUCCGUAAACCCUCCCUAAGCCAGGCUGUGAAGAGACCCUACCCGCUCCACCAGACGCCUUUCCAGUUCGGCUACAGCGCUCCUCUGCACGACAGCCAGAUCUUGGAGCACCUUCUGAAGUACGGACCUCACUCCACCUUCUCCGCGCUGCCGUGUCUGCCGGCGACCUUGGAGAGGGCGUCUCCGGACUCCAUGGAGCAUCCGUGGGAAAGCGUCGCCAUGAGAUCCAAGGUGACCUCGGGGCACCUGGGUCAGCACCAUCGCGCCGGACCUCCUGGACUGGUGUCGGUGGACACGCUCUGCCUGCCGCACGUCAAGAUGGAGUGUGGAGAUCUGCAGAGCAUGGCUGAGAGGAGCCCCUACAUGUCGCUCAAUAUUCAGGAAGGUCUGACCCCAAACCAUCUGAAGAAAGCCAAGCUGAUGUUCUUCUACACACGCUACCCGAGCUCAAAUCUGCUCAAGAAUUUUUUUCCCGACGUCAAGUUCAAUCGCUGCAUCACGUCUCAGCUGAUCAAGUGGUUCAGUAACUUCAGAGAGUUCUACUACAUCCAGAUGGAGAAGUUCGCUCGUCAGGCCAUCAUAGACGGCGUUAAUGAUGUGAAAGAUAUAUCCGUCACCAGAGAGUCCGAGCUCUUCCGCGCCCUCAACAUGCACUACAACAAAGCCAAUGACUUCCAGGUUCCAGAGCGGUUUCUGGAGGUUGCUGAAAUCACUCUUCAGGAGUUCUACAGUGCCAUUUCCCUCUCCAAAGACUCAGACCCCUCCUGGAAAAAAGCCAUCUACAAGGUCAUCUGCAAACUAGACAGUGACGUUCCUGAGGAUUUCAAAUCUCCUUCCUACCUGUGAACAGACAGCGCCACCUACAGGACCCUGUUUAUUUAUCAGAAGUAUCAAUCAUACAUGUUCCUUUUUAUAAGUGAAUCGUCUGCUUUAUAUAAAAACAAAUCUAAAUAUAUAUUCUAAGUAUUUUGCUGUUGACUGAAAUGCGUGUGUACACCAGCGAGUUUGUUUCAUGUUGUCUGUGGAAUAGGCUUGUUUAUUAAUAGUUUGGAUUUUGGGUUUCAGUGUAAUAUAUUUUGCUUUCAUGAUGCCACUGUAGACAAAUGUGUGCUGUGUUUUAGUUCAAAUGUUCUGGUUUUGAAAUGGAUAAGCAGUUUUGAUUUGUGUUUUAAUGUGGAUUUGUCUGUUGAGUUUCCUCUGUGGAGUAUCUCAUCAAACAUCUGUAAUAAUUAUUUAAAGAAGGUGUAAAUACGCAUCAUUUAGGUGUAUAAUAGGUGGAACAUUGACGUUUACAAACAAAAACAAUACUGCAUGUAGAAGCAGCUUCCUCAACAUUUGCCAGUAUACUGACAUAUUUAUCAUGUACAUUAGUUUGCAUAUUAUUGUUUAUGUAGGAGUGUGUCGUUUUUCGUUUAAUUAAAAAAAGAUUCAUAUUGUAGCAGUUAAUAUGAGUUUUUUUAUG